AUGAGCUCUGAGGCCACGGAACAAGAGCUACGGCCCGAGUCACCAGUGCCUGAUAUCCAUGAGAAACCUCAGACAGAGGCAGCUGAGGACCCCUCCACGCCUGGGUUCCGAGACAAGGUGAAAAAAAUAGCCAAAUCGGCUCUUCGGGUUUUGAGGUCCAUUUGGCUAGCCUGCGGGCUCUGCUGGGCCUUCAAUGUGGCGCUUUUCAUGGUCCAGCUCAUUGUGAGCCGGAGGUUCGGCGCCGUGUCUGCGGUACCCUUCAUGAGUAUCCUCUUCACCAUGAUCGUCAUUGUCAUGGAGAUCCUCCGGCGGCAGCAGCGCUUCCAGCGUUUGAUCGCCAGAAAGGGCUCUUAUCUUCAGAUAUGGUCCGUUUUCAAAUACGUGAUGGUCAUUGCCUACUUGGGUCUCACCAUUGGCUACAUUGUCGUGCUCAUAGCUGGAACCAUCAAAAACCCGCUUAAUCUUUCUAACGAGGAUAUUCACCGGCUCGACGUGGAUUACACAGACCGCCUCACCAUCAUCAUCAUGUCCGUGGUGGCCAUGUUGCUCAACAUCAAUGUGCUAGUCCACGUCUGGGAGAUCUCCAAGAAGGGCAAGGUCCAGUACUUGAUCGUCUUGGCCUGCCUCGUCAACUUCAUCAUCAGCGUGGCCGAAAUCAAAAUCUCCUCAAAUGCCAAUAACGAUACUAUUUGGCAUAGCACCGACGACGAGGAAUUCUCCUUGCCCAUGCUAUACAUUUACACCGAAUCCUUCUCUCUCUGUGGCUCCCUCAUCGGACUCGCUGUCGGCGCUAUAGUAAACGAGAAAAACAGAUUAUCCGAUACCGUGGGCCAGUUUCUCUUUCUUCACGACGGCUUCAUGCUAGUCUUGGCCAUUUUGAGCUUGAUCACCGCCAUCGACUCCAUUGUUCGUCAGCACGUCAGGGGCUACCUGGUCCCCACAAGUUUGAACGUCUUCUACUUCUACACAUUUGUCUUGUGCCUUCUUCUCAUAUCUUGCUCCCGCUACUUGAGAUCUAGACGUCCCCCAUCCUACGAAAUCGAGACCCUCGACCUUUCUCGCCUCACAGACGCCCAAAAGUCUGCUUACGCAAAGCUCAUAACUUACAAUACCAGUGCAAAUAAGGGUGUUUCUGGAGAGUCUGUUAUCUCCAUGAUGGAGGCCUACAGCAACAGUGAGCUUGACAAUAUGCAUUGCAAGGUCUUGAGAGUCUACAAGUCGGAAAAGAUAAAGCAGAAGGAGAGAGCCCAGUACAAGGCUGGUAUUGCUGAUUACGACGUGUGGGAUGUUGUGGACCGUGAAACAACCAUUUUUGACGAAGAGGCCACUUUGAAUGAGGAACCCGUCUUCAAACCAGCACAGCCAAUGUCAAAAAAUAAAAGAAAAAAGCUCUUAAAGAAAGCCGCUGCUGGGAAAGCGGACUAUCCAUUGGAGUGUCCAACAGAGCAAGACAUCAGAGAACAGGCCAAGUUCCACACCGAUUUGAUGGCAACUGAGGCACUUGUUCUCCUCACCACAAUCGAAUCCUAUGAUAUCACUGCCACUUUGACAGGAAAACUCGGGCGGUUUUUGCAUAGGAACUUUGGAGGCGCCUCGAAGAACAAGUUUCUUUGUUUACGUAUUGGCCUCCUUGGUUUCCACUGGCCCUUCAUGAGAUCAACAUUCUACUGUCGAAGCACCGACAAACCAGUUGCCAGGGCUGCAGCUGUGAUGCAUGCCUUGGGUAAAUGGAACAAAAGUCUCCCUUCUGAUACGAGAUGUGGUGUCAUGAUUGACCCUACCAUCACUAACACUCCUGUUGAGCAGGCAAUUCGCCUUGGUGGUUGGUACGAUAUCAGCCUUCCUGCCUCGCAUAUCAUCAACAUGAAACCCCACAAGGGCAAGUCUGCUGUGGACUUCUUCAAGGCCGUCAAGUACAGAAAUCAAGAUGGAGAGUUCAAGCGCUCGAAUGGUGAAGUCAUCGAAGUCAAGGAACCAAACGAUCAAGAUUGCCAGACCAUUAUUGAUCUUUGGGAAAAAAUCGCCGAAGGAAGAUCUGAAGGUGGGUACACUGCUACAUUAGCAGCACCAGACAAGAAUUUCAUCAAGCUGAUGUUGUCUACAGCCAAUAAUUCCGGCUACAGGUCGCUUCUUUUCCUCAAGGUUGGUGAUGAUGUUAUCGCUUCUUGCAUUUUGUUCCGUCUCGGAGAUACCAUAACCUCAGAUAUCCAGGGCUUGGACCACGAGUUGGCAAGACCAAUGAAGGGCUACUUUGUGAUGAUGCAAGAAACCAUCGCCAUUGCAUUGAAGGAGGGCAAAGACUUUGUCGAUUUCGGCCCCACCACCGAAAAGGCAAAGCUCAGCAUAGGCUGUAAAUCAGUUCCCUUGACCGGUGCCUUGUUCACCAACUUCCCUCUUUUAUCCUGGGCUGUGUCCAUAGCAGCAGCUCACGUUAGGGUGUAA